AAUUUCAACGACAAAAAACCGAAUCGGCAAGAUUUUGUGCUGCGUUUCUUCCUGCUAUUUAGUAUUUAUCAGUGGAAAAACUAUUUUUCUCCGUUUCUCUUCACAAACUAUGUCUAUAACAAAAAUUAUGUUAAGAUAAGUGAACGAAACAGCGUUACUUUUAAGUCUUACAACAAUAAUCUUAUACGAAUUAAGAACAAACUCAACGUGAAGUCGGGCGUCGACCGGUCCAUCCCUCCUACCGUAACCGUCGGCGACUCCGCCGCCUGUCAGUCGCAAUCUUCAUUUUGUAUCAGCGCCUCGCGCGGUCUCGGAACGCGGGUGCAUUUUUAAAAGUGUUGUGAGGUGCAGUGUCGGUCGGCGCGACCGUUUAAUGUGUUCAGUGCCGGCGUUAGUAAAGCAAGUCGAGGCGCGCGGCGUGGUUCGCGAUGGUUGACAUGGAUAGGAACGACCCGGAGCUCCGGUAUCUGUCGGUGGAUCGGAACAGCUUCAACGAUCCGGCCACUCAGGCGGAAUGGACGCAGAAGCGCUUAGUAUGGGUGCCCCACGAGACCCAAGGGUUCGUGGCGGCCGGGAUCAAGGGGGAAAGAGGAGACGAGGUGGAAGUAGAGAUCGCCGAGUCGGGGAAGCGGAUGCUGGUCCAGAUAGAUGACAUCCAGAAGAUGAAUCCGCCCAAGUUUGACAAGGUGGAGGACAUGGCGGAGCUGACAUGCCUGAAUGAAGCAUCGGUGCUGCAUAACAUUAAGGACAGAUACUACUCCGGCCUCAUUUAUACAUACUCCGGCCUCUUCUGCGUGGUGGUCAACCCGUACAAGAAGCUGCCCAUCUACACGGAGAAGAUCAUGGAGAGGUACAAAGGCAUAAAGAGGCACGAGGUACCGCCACACGUGUUUGCCAUCACCGACACAGCAUACCGCUCUAUGUUACAAGAUCGCGAAGAUCAGUCCAUCCUCUGUACAGGAGAAUCGGGCGCCGGAAAGACAGAAAAUACGAAAAAAGUCAUACAGUACCUCGCUUACGUCGCUGCCUCAAAACCAAAAGGAUCUGGAGCGGGACCCUCACCACAGUUGAUAAUAGGCGAAUUAGAACAACAAUUAUUGCAAGCCAACCCCAUACUUGAAGCGUUUGGUAACGCUAAAACAGUCAAAAACGACAACUCAUCAAGAUUCGGCAAAUUCAUAAGAAUAAACUUCGACGCGUCCGGCUACAUAGCCGGCGCGAACAUCGAGACGUACCUUCUGGAGAAGUCGCGCGCCAUUCGCCAGGCGAAAGACGAGCGGACCUUCCACAUCUUCUACCAGCUCCUGACUGGGGCGACGUCGGAGCAACGCGCGGAGUAUAUACUUGAAGACCCGAAAAGUUACCAUUUCCUGUCUAAUGCUGCGUUACCAGAAUCCUUUACAGUGCCCGGGAUCGACGACGCCCUGGAGUUCCAAGCCACCAUCAAGUCCAUGAACAUCAUGGGCAUGAACAAUGAGGACUUCAACUCGAUAUUCAGAAUAGUGUCGGCGACGCUGCUGUUUGGAUCUAUGCAAUUCAAGCAGGAGAGGAACUCCGACCAGGCUACGCUGCCUGACAAUACUGUUGCUCAAAAAAUUGCUCAUUUACUCGGUCUCUCUGUAACGGAGAUGACAAAGGCCUUCCUCAAACCGAGGAUAAAGGUCGGUCGCGACUUCGUAACGAAAGCGCAGACGAAAGAACAAGUGGAAUUCUCAGUGGAAGCCAUCGGCAAAGCGUGCUACGAGCGCCUCUUUAGGUGGCUCGUCAACAGGAUCAAUAGGUCUCUAGACAGGACCAAGAGGCAAGGAGCUUCCUUCAUCGGCAUCCUCGAUAUGGCCGGUUUUGAAAUCUUCGACCUCAACUCCUUUGAACAGCUCUGCAUCAACUACACAAAUGAAAAGCUCCAACAGCUCUUCAACCACACCAUGUUCAUCCUAGAACAGGAAGAAUACCAGCGGGAAGGCAUCGAAUGGAAGUUCAUCGACUUCGGCCUCGAUCUUCAGCCGACUAUCGACCUUAUUGACAAACCCAUGGGCAUCAUGGCCUUGUUAGACGAGGAAUGUUGGUUCCCUAAAGCCACAGAUAAAACAUUUGUCGAAAAGUUGGUCUCCGCUCACUCCGUCCACCCCAAAUUCAUGAAGACCGACUUCCGAGGCAUCGCUGACUUCGCGAUCAUCCAUUACGCUGGUAAAGUAGACUAUUCCGCUGAGAAAUGGUUGAUGAAGAACAUGGACCCGCUGAACGAAAAUGUGGUAUCCCUUCUCCAAUCUUCCCAGGAUCCUUUCGUGUGCCACAUCUGGAAAGACGCUGAGAUCGUCGGAAUGGCACAGCAAGCCAUGACUGACACUCAAUUCGGUGCCAGAACGAGAAAGGGCAUGUUCAGGACCGUCUCGCAACUGUACAAGGAGCAGCUGACAAAACUUAUGGCCACACUCAGAAACACAAAUCCCAACUUCGUCAGGUGUAUCAUUCCUAACCACGAAAAGAGGGCGGGUAAAAUCGAAGCCCCACUUGUCUUGGAUCAGCUCAGAUGCAACGGUGUGUUGGAGGGCAUUAGGAUAUGCAGACAAGGUUUCCCUAACCGAAUUCCAUUCCAGGAGUUCAGACAGCGAUAUGAACUGCUCACCCCCAACAUCAUCCCUAAAGGUUUCAUGGACGGAAAGAAGGCGUGCGAGCAAAUGAUCGAGGCCUUAGAGCUCGACCACAACCUGUACCGCGUCGGUCAGUCAAAGAUCUUCUUCAGGGCUGGUGUACUGGCCCACUUGGAAGAGGAAAGAGAUUAUAAGAUCACGGACUUAAUUGUAAACUUCCAGGCGUUCUGCCGAGGGUUCCUAGCUAGACGGAACUACCAAAAGAGAUUACAGCAGCUGAACGCAAUCAGAAUCAUCCAGAGGAACUGCGCUGCUUAUCUCAAGCUUAGGAAUUGGCAAUGGUGGAGAUUAUACAUAAAGGUGAAACCUCUCCUAGAAGUGACCAAGCAGGAGGAGAAGCUGACGCAGAAGGAAGACGAGCUCCGCCAGAUACGCGACAAGCUCGACACGCAGAUGAAGCGCUGCCAGGAGUACGAGCAGAAGUUCCAGCAGGCCAGCGCCGAGAAGACGCAGCUGGCUGAGCAGCUGCAGGCGGAGUUAGAGCUAUGCGCCGAAGCGGAAGAAUCCCGCGCACGCGCAGCGGCCAGGAAGCAGGAGCUAGAGGAACUGCUGCAUGACCUGGAGGGCAGGAUCGAGGAGGAGGAGGAGCGGUGUAGCGCGCUGCAGCAGGAGAAGAAACGGUUGCAGCUUAACAUUCAGGACCUCGAAGAGCAAUUAGAAGAGGAAGAGGCGGCGCGGCAGAAGUUGCAGUUAGAGCGAGUACAAUGCGACGCCAAGCUCAAGAAGUUGGAAGAAGACAUGGCUCUCAGCGACGACACCAACCAGAAACUCGUCAAAGAGAAGAAGAUUCUAGAAGAACGUGCCAACGACCUUUCACAAGCGUUAGCCGAAGAAGAAGAAAAGGCUAAACAUCUCGGCAAGCUAAAGGCGAAGCAGGAGUCUGCCAUCGCCGAGCUAGAAGAGAAACUCCUUAAGGAUCACCAGCUCAGGCAGGAGGCGGAUCGCUCUAAGCGCAAGCUGGAAACAGAGUUGCAAGAUGUUAAGGAACAGCUUGUUGAGAGGAAAGCACAGUUGGAUGAGCUUCAGAUUGUGCUGGCCAAACGCGAGGAGGAGCUCGCCGCGGCGAUCGGGCGCGCCGACGAGGAGGGCGCGCUGCGGGCGUCCGCGCAGAAGGCGGCGCGCGAGGCCGAGUCGGCGCUGGCCGACGCGCACGAGGACCUGGAGGCCGAGCGCGCCGCGCGCACCAAGGCCGAGAAGCUGCGCCGGGACCUCAACGAGGAGCUGGAGGCGCUCAAGAGCGAGCUGCUCGACUCGCUGGAUACCACAGCUGCUCAACAAGAGCUCCGCUCCAAGCGCGAGCAGGAAGUAGCAGUCCUGAAGCGAAGCCUGGAAGAAGAAGCGACCACCCACGAGAGCUCAUUGGCUGAACAGCGGCACAAGCACUCUCAGGAACUGCAGCAGCUCAUGGAACAACACGAGCAGAUCAAGAAGGCUAAAGCUGGCCUGGAGAAAGCCAAGCAAGUUUUAGAGGCGGAGAAUGCCGACCUAGCCACGGAGCUGAAGUCGGCAAGUGCGGCACGAGCAGAAGGCGAGCGCCGACGCAAGCAGGCCGAAGCUCAGCUGGCAGAACUGGCUGCUAAGUUGCAGGAGAACGACAGAUCACGAGCGGAAGUUCAAGAGAAAUGCGUCCGUCUGCAGAGCGAAGCGGAGCAAGCCCUGGCACAGUUAGAGCAGGCCGAGCUCAAGGCGUCUGCCGCCGUCAAGCAGGCCGCCACCAUCGGCGCGCAGCACGCCGAGGGCCAGGCCCUACUGGAGGAAGAAACCAAACAGAAGCUAGCCCUGCAAACACGUUUGCGCAAUGUGGAGCAACAGCUGGAACAAGCCCGCGACCAGUUGGACGAAGAAGAGGAGGCGAAGAAAAACUUCGAGAAACAGGUCGUCGCACUCACCAUACAAGUGGCUGAAGCCAAGAAGAAGGCGGAAGAGGAAGCGGAAGCGGCGGCCAUUUUGGAAGAAGCACGCAAGAAACUCAGCAAGGAUAUCGAGGCGCUACACCGGCAGAUCGACGAGCUUCAACAGGCCAACGACAAGCUUGACAAGAGUAAAAAGAAGAUCCAAGCCGAAUUGGAAGACACAAAUAUCGAACUGGAAGCGCAACGCGGCAAGGUCAUGGAACUCGAGAAGAAACAGAAGAGCUUCGACAAGGUGGUGGCGGAGGAGCGCGCGGUGGCGGAGCGCUACGCGGCCGAGCGCGACCAGGCGGAGCGCGAGGCGCGCGACAAGGAGACCCGAGUGCUCUCGCUCACCAGGGAACUGGACGAUGCCGCUGAAAAGAUCGAAGAACUAGAACGCACGAAGCGCCUCCUACAGUCCGAGCUGGACGAGCUUGCGAACACGCAAGGAACCGCUGACAAAAACGUCCACGAGUUGGAGAAGGCCAAGCGAGCGCUCGAGUCACAGCUGGCCGAGCUCCGGGCCCAGAAUGAGGAGAUCGAAGAUGAUCUGCAGCUGACUGAGGAUGCUAAACUGCGCCUUGAAGUCAAUAUGCAGGCCAUGCGGGCGCAGUUUGAGAGGGAUCUCCAGGCCAAAGAAGAGCAAGGCGAGGAGAAGCGACGCGGCAUCGUGAAGCAGCUCCGCGACUUGGAGGCCGAGCUGGAGGAGGAGCGCAAGCAACGCGCCGCCGCCCUCGCCAUGAGGAAGAAACUCGAGGGCGAGCUCAAGGACGCCGAGCAAGCGCUACACUUGGCCAACAAGGUGAAAGAAGACGCCACGAAGCAACUGAAGAAGCUCCAGCAGCAACUGAAGGAGGCCGUGCGCGAGGCCGAGGAGGCCCGCGCCGGCAAGGAGGAGGCGUGCGCGGCGGCGCGCGAGGCCGAGCGCCGCGUCAAGGCGCUCGAGGCCGAGGCGCUGCAGCACGCCGAGGAGCUCGCCGGCGCCGAGCGAGCGAGACGGCAGGCCGAGGCCGAGCGGGACGACCUGCAGGACGAGCUCAACAACACCGCCAGCAAGAGUACACUUCUAGUAGACGAGAAGAAACGGCUGGAAGCGCGGAUAGCGGCGCUCGAGGAGGACCUGGACGAGGAACAGUCCAACAACGAAAUACUCAAUGACCGCCUUAGGAAGGCACAGAACCAAAUCGAUCAAAUCACCAUGGAGCUCGGCACAGAGAAGUCCGCCACUCAGAAGCUGGAGAGCGGCAAGCUGGUGCUGGAGCGGCAGAACAAGGAGCUCAAGGCCAAGCUGGCCGAGCUGGAGACUGCACAGAGAACCAAGACCAAGGGCGUAAUCACCUCGCUAGAACUGAAGGUGGCCAACCUGGAGGAGCAGUUAGAGGCCGAGUCGCGGGAGCGCCUCGCGCAACAGAAGGCGUCGCGCAAGCUCGACAAGAAGAUGAAGGAACUCGCCCUUCAACUGGACGAGGAGCGUCGCCAUGCCGACCAGUACAAGGAGCAGAUAGAGAAGAUGAACAACCGCGUGAAAGCGCUCAAACGCCAGCUGGACGAAGCGGAAGAAGAGGUCCAACGCGAGAAGGUCGGCAAGCGCAAGGCGCAACGCGAGCUCGAGGACAUCCUCGAAACGCACGAGACGCUCACGCGCGAGUGCAACAACCUGCGCAACAAGCUGCGGCGGCAAGGCGGCGGUCCCAUCGGACUCUCGAGCGGCUCGUCCUCGUCGCGCAUGAAGCGGUCCUCGCUCGCGCCCGGCGGCGGCUCCGGCGACGAGUCCUUCGAUGACGUCAACGACACCACCAACAGCGUCGAGUAGACCGCGUCACGGCAACACGGCUCAACACAUGUAGGGCAUUCGUUUAACCUUUCAAGGAAUCAAUUCAAUUUGGAACUUAAAUCAUUCACAAAAAGUUGCCAUUGAAACACAACUGAUGUACAAAUCGGCUGAGAGGAAAUGUACGGGUUAGCGCUUGACAAAAAGCUUACGUUAAAUGUCGGACAUAGAAUACAGGUUUACAGCAUUUUUACUAAAGUUAUACUAUUUCAAUCGGGUCAGCUAACUACGAGCAUAGGUACUAGUUUUUCAAAAGCCUUGGUAUUUGACUAGCCUCGCUUUGACAAUAUUCUUAACUUUCUUAUGUACAGUUGAUUUACAUAAGAAACGAGUAUUAUUCAGGGAUAUUCGUAUAUGUAUCCGAAUUUCUGAUCCCUGAUGAUUAUUGACUAUUUUAAUCUUGAUCAUGUAGCGAUAUCUAUCGAACUUCACCAUGAUAUGUUUAUUCAAAUAUCUGGUUUUAGUACGUGAAGUUGUCAAUAACGCCUCAUAUGAUCGUUAAGGAAUGCUUGCUAUUUAUCAUUGCAUUUGGCUAUAUGAUAUAUUUAAGCAAGAAGUUUAUGAAAAGAUGGUAGAGGUUUAUUGAACUGGGUAAUACAAAUAUUUCAACUUUUAUUUUCUAUUAUUGUAUCUAAGUGCGUUUUUAUUUUCAUUGUUAUAUUUUCGUGUCUGUAUCACGCCUGAAAUACUUUAAUUUUUUUGUUCACUUUGAUUUCUAAGACCAAAAUUGUGAAUUUACUGCAAUAGUGAAGUUCGUACAAAUGUCGUUCGUCGAAUGGUUAAUGUUACAGAAAAUUUGUAUUUAUACAUUACGUUUAAAAUUAUGUUAAUAUUGUCUUACAUUAUGUUUGUUUCCAAUAGUAAUUAUAAUGUUAUAUUGUUUUGUAGCCGUGUUGCUAAGUUAGUACCGAGUUAGGUCCGCGUCGUCAGCUCGUAAUAUGUAUAUUACUGUGCACCCCAAACCAUAUCGCCUGAAAAUGAAUUGUCCUAAUGAAAUAGAAACAUUUUGCAUGUUUUGUAAAAAUAUUUGCGACUUAGAUGCGCCCAUAUCGGAUUUGUUUUUAUACGAAUAUUGUACAUCUUUUUUUGUUUACUACACUGUCGAGUUGUGUUAGUUAUUUCGUUAUUUAAGCAAUUUCUAUAUGGAUGCACCUAUAAAUAUUAUUUUAUGCGUUUAACGGUUUGCGAAUCUCUACGCAUUUAAUUUUUUUACGCCAUCAUAAUAUAUGAAGCAUUUUUAUAAAUUGGAGCAUUCACUAUCCAGUAUUAACGGAACAUUCCUGACAAUGUUGAGUUUGCUAUUUUACCUUUGACCUAGUCUAGUGGGUAAAAUGUUGAAAUUACUCAUUGGGUGAUAUUGUGAUGAAAUUAAAAAAAAAGAAAAAAAAAAAGUAUUAUUAAUAGUGGCAAAAGUACUUCAUAGUAAUUGGUUUAUUUGAUUAAAGCGACUGAGUAAUGAAGACUGUUGCGACAAUAUCGAGUCCCCCAAAAUCCGCAUUCUGGUUCACUUUUGCUUCCAAACUGAGCGCGUGCUAUUUUCGACGUAUUCGACAAUGUGCGAUGUUCGACAAGGCUCAACCGCGCUCAGUCGGUUGCUUGUACAUGUAAAUAAUAUCAGUGGUUGUCACUGAGCGCUUAGUUGCCAUACAAAUUUAAUGAUACCUAGUUAGUAAGAACAUGUAAGCUUUCUGUGUGCGGCGUGGUGGCGGGGAAACUAGCGGUCAGUCCAAAAAUAGUCAAAAAUCACUUGAUUUAUCAAGCUAUUGUUGAACUGUCCAAUGACUUAUUGUAAUAACUGCCCUAAUACAACGAUAAUUGCUACAGUUUUUAUACAAAUUUACAGUUUUAUAUACAGUACAAAUUCUACCGCUGCCGCCACGCCUCGUGGGUGUUUUAACAGAUUUUAACUAUCCCUUGUACUCCUUGGAUUUGUAAAUACACCGCUCUCGGCAUGCGGGCAAUGUUGCCAGGCGUCGACACGGCUUGCGUUACUCUAGACUUAGAUAAGACACAUAGUAAUAAAUUGUGGCCUUAGGUUUUUAUAUGGUUAACAUUCUCCUACGCGAGAAAUUUUGAUACACCCGAUGUAACUUUGCGAGCAUUUUAUAUGACUAUUUACCGAAGUCUAAUUAUAUAGUUUCUUUUUCUGAAUAAUAAUAUAAAAUUUAAAUGUAAGUAAACCAUUGAAGCAUAAACAUAUUUUACAUAAAUAUUAUAUUUAAUUAUUAACAAUUAUAGAUAAUUGUAAAAUUGGCCAUAGGUUGUAACAAGUUAUCAGUUGGUAUGCCAAUUAAACAAUUUUUCAUGAUUUUUAA